AUGGACAGUAGAGGUGUCAUCAAAGCUUCCAGUUUUCUUAUCCUGACAAUCAUAAGCGUUCCAGCCAAUCUUCUUGUCUGCUGUGCCUUUCUGCACAGCUACCUGAUCGAGGCCAAGCUCCUAACGGCUGACAUCAUUCUGUGCCAUCUGGCCUUUGCCAACCUCAUGGUAGCCUUCACUCGUAGUAUCCCACAGACUUUAGCCGCCUUGGGCUAUGUGAACUUCUUUGAUGAUAUUGGCUGCAAAGUUUCACUUCUAUGCUUCCGUGGCUUCCGAGGGCUCUCUGUCAGCCUCACUUGUCUGCUUUGUGUCUACCAGGCAGUAGCCAUCUCACCUGCUACCUCAAAACUUGCCCCACUGAAGAUGAAAAUCCCCCAGUUUCUGCUUUACAUCAUUUUAUUUCUCUACCUGCUCUACUAUUCUACAAGUGUCUCAUCUAUCCUUUAUGCUGUUUCCAGCCUGUUUAACAACACCAUUCCUCCAUACACCAUGAAUUUAGAGUACUGUUUUAUGUUAUAUAAGGAAUAUUCUUCAUAUAUGUCUGUAGGUUUUGGUGUCAUGGUAAGAGACCUUGUGUUCAUAGUGCUAAUGAUUGUUAUGAGUGGCUAUAUCCUAAGGCUUCUGUACCAACACAGUCAAAAAGUAAAGAAGAUUCGCAGUUCAGAUCAUAGCCAUAAGGGUCGAAGAGCAGAGACCAAGGCUUCUGGGGCAGUGGUCACCUUGGUCGUUUUAUAUGUUGUAUUUUUUGGCAUUGAUAACAUUAUCUGGGUGUACUCCAUUACCAUCUUGAGGGUGGCACCUCUUAUUUCUGAUAUCCGGGUCUUCUUUGCAACCCUUUACACUUCAGUAUGUCCCAUUGUGGUCAUCACUACUAAUCCAAAAGUCCAACGGAAAUUAAAACUGGUCAAAAUGAAGAGAGAAGUCCAGACCACAGGGAGAAACACAUGUACAAUGUGA